GUAACCAGGGGCACAGACAGGUGUCGCGGAAGUUUACACUUGCAGAGGCGCAUCCCUCCGCGUCUUUUUGUCAUUAUCUGGGAUAACGUGAAAGAAGCUGUCACUGGCGGUCAUCCGGCACCCACUGAUCUUCUGGUUGUCCCAGCCUCGUCCCCCCGAGCAGAGCCUGUGCCCCUCCUUGUCCUCCUCUUUUGGACCAGAAGCAGCAGCUCAGUGUGGCGAGGCCAGGAAAGAUGGGCAGGAAGCUGGACCUGUCAGGCCUGACGGAUGAUGAGGCGGAGCACGUCUUGAAAGUGGUCCAACGCGACAUGAAGCUGAGAAAGAAGGAGGAGGAUAGGCUGAGCGAGAUGAAGCAGGAGCUGGCGGAGGAAGGCAGCAGAUGCUCCAUCCUCUCCAAGCAGCACCGCUUCAACGAGCACUGCUGCAUCCGCUGCUGCUCGCCCUUCACCUUCCUUCUCAACCCCAAGCGCCUGUGCCUGGACUGCCAGUACAACGUCUGCAAAACCUGCUGCACCUACAACAACCGGGACAAAGCGUGGCUCUGCUCCACAUGCCAGAAGGGCAGGGUUUUAAGGACGCAGUCGCUUGAAUGGUAUUACAACAAUGUGAAGAUUCGCUUCAAGAGGUUCGGCAGCGCCAAGGUUUUAAAGACUCUGUACAGAAAGCACAUUAUAGAGAGAGGAGCACUCUCUGAACUCCCAGAUAGCAGCGUUCACGAGGGAAGCACCGGCAACGACAACGAUGGCAGCAUCUGUGGCAGCGACUCUGCUUUCUACAGACAGAGUGAAGGACACAGCAUGGCAGAGACGCUCACAGUCGCCCUGCGUGUUGCUGAGGAGGCAAUAGAAGAGGCCAUCGCUAAGGCAGAGGAGUUCAGUGACAGCUUGGAGAAGCAGAAUGAGGCUCGGUAUCUACGGGACCACAAAGAGGAGCUUAUAGAGGAACUCGCCACAACCAUUGUACAAAAAAUCAUCCAGAGGAGGAAGCGCUCAGAGAUGCAGACAGAGUAUGACUUUGUCUGGCCUCAGCCUCAGUCCAUGAUCCCGCCCGAUGAACUCCCCUCUCCGUCUCAGACGCAAACCUCUUCUCAAGGAGCACAGGACACUUUCAAGAACUCCUACACCCUCUGGCGAUCCCGGUCAGCGUUCUCCCUCACCAGUGACGACUCGCCAGAGAAAGUCCCUGAAAACGAAGGAGCAGGAGCGAGAGGUAACCUGCAAAAUUACGCAUCCCUGAAAAGAGAGGGCAAGGCCACUUCUCUGCCAAGCUGGAGGAGUGUCGACCGCCUGGACAACUCCAGUGCAUCCUCAGUGCUUCACAGCCCGGAUGGUAACUGGAUCGCUCUGCACAGCUCUCAGCUGUCUCGUCCCAGCCUGCUAACCAAGAGGAAGAGCCUUGUGUUCAGCGUGUUGGAAAAGGAGUCUGGCGUCGUCUCGGCCUACGAUGAGAUGGGAUCGGACUCUGAGGAGGGCGACGAAGGCUGCUGGGGCGUAGCGCUGAGACAGUUCCGCCGCAAGCUGUCCGACGAUACGUACUACACGGACUCGCAGCACGACCCAGAGUGGACGUACACGCAGCACCUCCCCAUCACCUCUCCAUCCUCAGGCCAGUUCACCAACACAGAGACUCUUAACUCGGACUCAGAGGCUUCGUCGGUUCUGUCUGCGUGUCCCCGGAAACCUCCUCAUAACCACCUGAGGAAGAAAGGCCCGCCGGACACCCAUCUGCACCCUCAUAACCUCUACCACCAACACCUCCAGCAGAACUUCUCUCCUUACCCACACCACUCAGAGGCACUGGAUGUGAACUUUAAUCCUAAGGUGAUGGGAGACAGCAGUGAGGCAGAGGAGAAGCAAAGUGACCUCAUCAGAAGGUCACGGCGACGCAGGAAAAGCAAGAGGGAGUCGUCGUCAGAGCGGAGCAGGCCUGGAAGCCAGACUCACUCACAGACAAUCUACCCAUCAGUGCAGGAGAACGGUGGCUAUCUACUCAACGCCCUUUUGAAGAGGAGUAUGAGUGAGGAACAGUCAGUACCAGACAGUAUGCCAAUGGCCACAGCUGCACCAGAAGCUUUCAAAUUAGAUGCCAUGACACCCGAGUCGGAAGACUUUCACACAGUUCUCCAAAAUUCAGCUGCACUCAGCUCCCAACAGCCCCAACCUCUGGCUCUGGGUUCCCAGCAUUCGCCCAGCAGCCCUGGGCCCGUAGAUCCUCUGGAAGAAGAGCUACGGUCCAGACUCAACCAAAUGGUCAGCCGCGCCAACAGCAAAGACAGCAGCUCCUCUGAGGAGGAGUGCACAAAGCGAGCUGCGGAAAAACAAUUAGAUAACGAAAGUGACAGACAGAGAGAGAAGACAAGGCCGAAAGACACAGACAGAGACAGAGAGAGGCAGAGGGUUCUGGAAAGGUUACGAGACAGGAACAGCAUUAAGGAGAGAGAGAAAGCAGGUGACACAGUCAAGGUGAACGGAAAAGAGAUGAAAAGAGGUGAGAGACUAAUUAAGAGUUCUUCGGUGAGAGAGGAAAGAGUCGGGAGGAGAUUAGAGAAAAGGGUGGAAAGUUUGAAGGAGAAAUUAGACGAGCAAGAGCAAAAGAGAGGAGAAAGAAGAGAGCUGAACAGACAAAGCAAGAGACAACACAGAAGAGACGCGGAGAAGGAAACAGAGCAGAAAGGAGGAGCAAAAAGAAGUGGAUCCAGUGCAAGUUCCCCUGCUAUUACACCUUUAUCCCAGGAGGGGGUGCUGUCAGACAACCAGCAGAAGUACUCGGCUGCAUCUCUCUGCAGCAUCACCACAGAGGUACUGAAGGUUUUGAACGCCACAGAAGAGCUGAUUGGGGAGGCAGGAGGUGAGAGCUUCCCCCCGUCUGAGUCCACGUGUGCUUCUCCCGUGUCCAACAGUGCAGAGGCCCGCAGGCUGGAUCAGAGGCUGACCAAGAUGGAGGAGAAUGUGUACCUCGCUGCUGGUGCUGUGUAUGGGCUUGAGGGGGCGCUGGGGGACCUGGAACACUGCGCCCGCAGUAUUAACAGUGGAACCACAGACACGGAGCUGGCCUUCUUGGAGGACCAGGUGGCCACUGCAGCCGCUCAGGUUCAGCACUCUGAACUACAGAUUUCCAACAUUGAGUCCAGAAUAUCAGCUCUGAAAACAGCUGGGUUGAAUGUGACUGCCUGCAAUCGCUUCUCCAAGUUUAAGCCAAAGGCCAAGCCUCAAACUUUGGACUCUUCACGCCAUCAAAGGAGGAAGCUUCCAGCCCCUCCAAUGAAAGAAAAAAUGGAGCCAGAGCAGCAGGUGAAAGCGUUUCGGCCAUAGUGACAGUCAGCAGCACAAGUCCCUCAGGGCCAUUUCAGAGCUCCGGGGACAUGGGGGCCCUUCAUCCAGUGCCUUGACCCAGUGUCCACCUCCAACUCCAGGCCAAGCAGGGGCCAACACCUGACCUGUGUGGCCCAUCAAGCACUCAGCCCUCAGCCCGGCAUGGUACCACAUCAGUCUAAUGCCCCACAGAGGACAUGACUGACCAUUUUCUCUUUUUCCACUUUACCCUUCAUUUUCACCUGCUCACCACAUGCACAACAACAAGCAAAGAUGACUCCACAGUCUCUGCCUUAAAAUCCGCUCACUCCUCAUGACCGGACAGAAAGAAAAAAAAAGAAACCUGUACAGACGAAAAUAACUCAUCACCUUUUCUAUCUGUUUGCAAGAGUAUUGUGAUUUACUGUACAAUGAAGAUGUGGAUUAAUCAUGUGAAACUCUCUGUGAUUCAGUGUCCCAAAAAGAGGCUGUAUUUUAUAUUGCAUCUUCUUUCAUGCCGAAGGACAUUUCAAGGAAUGGUCUCAAACUUUCAGCCCCUACAGAGCUUUUUUUUAAUGAUUGUCCAUUUUCACACACUCAAACACACACAAUUAUCUGAUAAUAAAAGAUCAUUUAUGUAAUGAUUGUAACACCUUUUUACAUUAUAACCAUUUUAACUGGAUUAUAGUGUUUAGAUGUGCAAUGUUUCAGGGACUCAACAGUUUUUGACUGUCCUUCCUGACACUAAAAUUGGUAAAUGGCACAGCCAAAAGUUAGGAAAUCUGUGUUCCUUUCCAAAUAGUCUAAAAUUAUAAUAAUACAAAUAAUAAUAAUAAAAAUACAUUUUGGGAAAGUUACAGUUGAUGAUGGAUACCAGUCUCUUUUCUGUAUGGUAAAAAUAUUUCCUGUUUGAUUGACUUAGCUCAAACUGAAAAGAAAAGGUAGCCUGGCUCUUUCCCAAAGUUAGACAAAAAAAACUUCAACAUUUUAACACAAAAAGGUGGAUUUUCAUUUUUCCCCUUAAGCCAGUCUCAAGUUGGCUUGCGCUCAUGUUUACAGGAGCCUGCUUUUUAUUUCCCGACACCCCUCUGCCAAAUGCUGCACACGUGUGCUGUGACUGGCCAUUUAUUUUGUGCUGUGAUUGGAAAGCCAAAAGAUAAGAAACAGAACUUUCACUCAGGAGACCACCAUUUGUAUCCCCAAGAAAAAAAGACACAUUUCACAAAAGGCCAUUUUCCUGUGAUUUCAGACUCAGGGUGGGAAGCUGAAAUGUUGUUGUCAUGUCUUACUGCUUUGUUUCAGUUUCUAAGUCCUGAAAAUCCAGACAAAGAUCAGGGCACGAGUUAAAAACUCAUUAGAUAUCUAUAUCCCAUCAGCUGCAAUCAGGACACAGUUAACGUUAGCUUCCUUGCUAACAUUUUUGUUUGAGAAUCACUGAUAUGAUGGAAAAGGUGAAUAUUAAUUUCAGAUAUUAACGCUCAUCUUAAACACAUACAGUAUUUAUAAGCCUGCCUUGAGGUAAAACUCACUGGAUGUAUUCAUGCUUACAAUGUAAUGUGAGCUAUGAAGCUCUCUUCAAGCUCCACUGUUCAUGUUGCUGUGUUAUCCAAGCAAGCAUUAGUGAAUCAAUGACAUUAGAUUAUUUUAAACUUUGCACAAGAUAAUAGAUUAUUUUAAUAGCUGACUACUUUAGUAACACUUACAAUGAUGUGUCUACUUAUUUUUACUUCAUGUUAGCAAGCCAAAAAUACAAUGUUUGAAAUAUUGUACAUUGCAGACGCCACUGAAAUUAAGUUUCUGGGUUUUUUUAGACCUUUUUUGGGAUCUUUGCCAUGCGUACAUUUGUUAAUUGGUUUAAAUGGAAGUGCUGUUAAAAAGUAAGGCUUCUACUUCAUUUAGCCACUUUUACACAGACUUCACGCUCCUCAGACUUCCACCCUGACUGGUUAAGUCACUGAAAAAUGGCCUCCGUGUGACUAAAGUCUAUGAUAAACUAGGUCAUACUUAAACCCAAAUUGAGAGCUGUGUCAAAGGAUACAGACAAUGCUCUCUAUUUUAUUACACUAGGAACUAAUGGCUUUCUUGACAUGAAUAAAAAACACAUUGAAUAAACCUACACCAUUCAAACUGCAUCUCAUCACCAUACCCUUUAAUAUUUUUACCAUCCAAAUGGUGCUUACCAAUCUCAUACAAUGUUAGCAACAUAGAACCCUGAAACACAAGACUUUCCCCUUUGUAUCCCAUCUAGCAUGCAGACUCAAGAGUUUGCAUUUUACACAGCUCCUCAUCUUACUCACAGGUAAGAAAGUAUUAUUCCAAAUGACCACAUAUUUGUUAAAUAAAUGUCAAGCUUAAUGAUUAAUUCAUAUGGGUCUUUCUCUCCAGUUUAUUUAGCUUAGAAAUGCUUCAGGUAACUGCCCAUAGACAAACAUAAAUAGGUGUAUGAAGAUUGAUACAUAUGAGAAUGCUAGAAAAACUCAGUUUUAAUCAAUCUAGUUGAGUCUGAAUUUCAGGUUUGGUCUGACAGCUUUCCCUCAUUCGGUAUUCCUCAACCCACAGUCAUUUUCUUCCUCUCUGUCUUGUCAUUUCUACGUUUACUUUCGAACAUUGUGGCCUUUUAUUUGAACAAAAAGUAUUUCACCCUUUGCUGGGUCAUGUUCAAACUUUUGUGUUGCAUUGAGAAAAUGCAUGGAGGAUUUUUACAUAAUUAAGCCUGAGGGGCUCUAUAUAUCAAAUGCCAUGAAACCAUGAUUUUGUUACAAGCAAUUUAUUUUUGUACUUAACUAAAUGUUUUUAUGCAAUACCACUCAGAAAACUACUAUUGCAAAUCGAAGGCUUGUUCCUCUCCUUACAGGAGCCCUCCGCAGUCAGUACAUCUGAGACUCUUGUGUGCAAAGACUCAAAGCACUUUCAGUGUUUGCCUGCAUUUGCCGUUUGAUAUUCUGCUGGUGAUGAUGAUGGUAAAUGUGACGAAAACACACCUGACAGAACACAGAAGGCAAUUUUGGAGUGGCAAGUACGAUUCAGCACUCCUUUGACUUUCAAUUUGAGAAUACUGCCUUUCAUCUUUGGCUAUUUGAUUUACUCUGACCACUUACAUUGCUCCAAAAUCUCAGAGAACCAUGCAUACAGAUGUCAAGUAGGAUUGAGAUAUCAAGAUGGACUCCUUGGACUAAAGGGUGUGAUGAUUUUCUGUAUGAAUGCUCUGCCCCUUCUCUUAGUGACCUUUUCAUCCCAGCCUUUCACAUCUCUGGUUUCUUGCACAUUGAUCAUGUACUUUUGUCAAUCUUGUUCUCCAGAGUUGUCAGUGUAUAAAAAGCAUGUUUCUGGUUUUAUCAAAAAUUGAUGUAAAAUUUCCCAAGAGAAGCACAGCCACAAGGGUCCAAUCAUCAGUGUCCUGUAUUUUUCUAAUGUAAAAAAAAAAGAAAAUAUUAACUCAUCACAAUUUGUUAAUAAAUGUAUAUGUGUGAAAAGAUGGAUACAAUAUAGAAUAAUGUGUGUAUUGCCCAAUCAUAAUUGAUCAAUCUCUCAGUGUUGUGUGCAAGAGGCUGUGUAUUAUUGUCAUGACUUGUAGGGCUGGAUUCACACAGGAAGUCUAAGUUUCUAUUGGAACUGUGUCCCAGAUACUCAGAGAUUAUGAAAUUCACGCAGAGCUAAAAAAAAUAAAAAUCAGUUCCUGUAUUUGUUCCUGUUUAAAUCCAGCGAGAAUGAGGCUCACUGUGCACAGCUCCACAGGACGGCCAUUCACUUUCAUGUGCAAUAGUUUGUUGCAAUCCAUACAACAUGAUGGGGAAAAAAUUAACAAGCAAAAAUACAGAUUCUCUAUGUGCCACAGUUCUCUGAGGAAAACCAUGUAUUAUGAAAUGAAUAAAAUUUGCAAACUUAAAAGUU